AUGGAGGAACUAGCCAGCAACGCCUCGGACGACAGCAAAACGCGGAUGGCCCGAAUCAAAGCCGAUGACCCAAGGGUCUUCAAGAGCGGCUGGUAUUCUGCGAGCCCUCCCCCGGGCAUGUCCCAUUUGAUUCCCAUCGUCGAUGUGGCAACGACCCCUGCUUCAUCACAGAGCGUUGCUGUCCCCAGCAUGGCCCAAAGUGCUUCUCCCACUGUGGGCGGACCGUUGCAAGCCACAACGACGUCCGUGACCCGGCAAGCAGUUUCCUUCGAGCUCCCCGACGUCAGUCGUGUUGGUAUGGACGAAAAUGCAUGCACUGAGCCUGGUGGUCGUCCGAGCGCUCGGCCCACACCACCCAACGUGGAGGGUGGGUCGACUAUGCCACACUGGGAGUGCCUCAAGGAAUCGGACAACGAGGAGGACGGUGCCGCCUACCUCACGGAUACAAGCGAGGAGGUAGAUGAAUUGGAGGAGCGGGUGAUCACGACGGCUGGAAAGGCCAAGGGUACACAUCGGGCUGAAACGACACAUUCCGGCGACAACGAUGGGUAUGGUCCUCGGGUUGGUCAUGAAAGUUACCAGGGCAUCGAGCUGUUCGAGACUGCAGCUGAUGUCUCAUGCGAAGUGCAUGAACUUCGCCAGGAGAACGCGAAGCUUCAUGUUAUGUACGAACAGCUUCGCGAGGACUUUGAGGCUUUGCGGCAGCGCUUCCCUGCUCAUGGCAAGGGCGAAUGA